AUGGCACAAGAAAAUGAGCGGCUUCUUCAUCUUUCCUCCUCUUGUGAAAGUCGUGUUGGGUCCCUCCCCUCCGUGGUCGAGAACCUCUCCACAUUGCGUGAGUAUACUGCCCGUCGCUCUCAAUAUUCACUGCACUGCAAUGGAAUUGUUAUGUGCAGCGACCUCGACUUGAAGUCAGCCACAAACCUGACAUCAACUAUUCCCCAUCGCUUUGAGGACACCGGACGCUACCACGUAAAGAAGUGCCUCUCUUAUCUGCCAAGUCAUCCUGGAGACAUAAUUGUCCACACUGGCACAGUCCGGUACUCCGAGGGCGGCCGCAUCCUUGCCUGUGGAAUUCCACUUUGCGCGGGAGCGGCUCUCCGAGGACAUGCCAGAGCAUCAGUUUCCGGUACCGCAAUGGAGGUUGCCGAGCCGUUGGCCAUGUUUGACAUCUUUGCAGUUGUGUUUAUCGCAAUCCCACGCACUUUUGCUAUUUUUGAAACACUUGGAGGAUCACCCACAAUAUUUGCCCUGAUUGUCAUUCCGGGAUAUCACUUGGCUCUUGUCUCAGCUUCCAGUCAGUCGUACCCGGUCAUCGACGAGUCCAUCACGAACCGAUAUUUCUGA